AUGGAGCACCGUGUCAAAGAGGCGACAUCCAGACUACCAGAACCGUGGGAGACACCAAGGGCCACAAGUGAUGUUUUAUCUCUGUUUGGAAAAACUUCUCAAAACGACAACGAUAACAAUGCUUUAGACGAUAUUCUAAACUCAUCAGCCCCAUUUAUCAAAACAUCUCUAGAUCUAAAUGAAUUGAUCCCGGAUUUUCAAGAAGAGGACGGGAUAUUUAACCGUUAAUCUGCUUUUUUAUCUCGUAAAAAAAAAUUAUAUGUUUUUUCGUUGGAGACUCGAAUAAAUAAACUAGAACAUGAAUAUAAUGCCCUUAAAGUGUGCAUGACAGACAGAGAACACCAUAUGAAAAAAAAGAGAAUGAUAUACCAUAAACGCGAUCAAAUAAGUUUAAUUAGUAAUAUCAAACGAAGAGAUGAUACUUUUUAUGUUCUUUCAUUCAAUAUAAUGAAUUGCAACAAUAGUACUCCACCAAAAUUGUUCUCGCUGGUUCUCCCUUUAGAAAACACUGCGCAAAAUGAUGAAGUUAAGUUGAUGCAGAUCGACUGCGAAGUAUUUAAUACUAAAGAAAUCAAAAUGAAGGCUGACAUGAUCCCAGCCAGUCUUCGUCCAAACGCCAUGAAAUGGAACUCAAAUUUUAAAAAAAUAAAAAAAGGGGGCAUUGCUGUGCAAAGAAACACAUACAGUUAAUUAGAUUUGAAACAACACAGCACUCCACGAGUGCGUAAUUUUUACAUGGUAGGGCCAAGAAAGCCCGGAGCUGAAAAUUCCUCACAUGAAAAUACACGUUUUGAACAGUUCUACUAAAAAAUUGUCACAGGACCGUGACGAGCCUAGGCGGUCGAAGUCGUUGACUUGUGUCCCCCACCCGUGAAACCUAUAUCAUAUAAUUAAAUUAAAAGUAAUUUUGUUUUACAUUUAUGUAUAAAUUUGUAUAAUGUCCAAUGUAUUUCUAAAAUAUUGCUUUUUAAUUAAUUGCUUAAAUAUGCUAUAAAAGCACAUCUUACUCAUAGUAUCAAUAUAUGCUCAAAUUGUCGAUUGUUCAGAGUAAAAUAAAAUUAAUUUCGGGAGGGUAUACGGUCAAUAAGAUACAAGCCUAUUUUAGUAAGAGAAUUCCGAACCGAUAUA